AUGCCGCUGACGCAACCCCUGCGGUGCAGGCUUCGUCCCUCCCUCCACUCUCCAAGGCUCUCCCUCCGUGGAUCUACCCGUCGCGUCUUGACCUCCGUUCAAAGUCCUUUGAUAAAGUCCAGCCCCUCCCAUCCUUUCCUUUUGUCCCAUGUCCGAAAACACCCUCAUUCUCUCCGUCCUAUAACUCCAAUCCCUAUGACACAAUCCAGGGGCCAUGGUGGUCACAGCCACAGUCACGGUCACCACCACCACCAUCACGACAAUGUCUACCUAACUUCCACAAAUAAACAUGACGCUGGUGUGCGCAUUACUCGUAUUGGACUAGUCGCCAACCUCGCCAUGGCCAUUGGGAAAUUCAUUGGCGGCUAUAUGUUCCAUUCCCAAGCUCUCAUCGCCGACGCCUACCACGCGCUGACCGAUCUCGUCUCCGACUUUCUGACAUUGGCCACGGUCGCAUGGUCCAUUAAGCCGCCUAGCGAACAAUUCCCCAAUGGCUACGGAAAGGUGGAGAGUAUCGGUGCGUUGGGCGUUAGCGGUCUCCUCCUCUGCGGAGGUGUCUUUAUGGGAUUGAACUCAGGACAGGUCCUGCUCGCCCAAUUUUACCCCGACGUGGCUGAAACCGUAGCUCAUUCGGGUAUACUGGGUCAUGGUCACAGUCAUUCACACAGCCAUGGCCCCGGUGGCCCAAGUAUUCACGCGGCUUGGUUGGCGGCUGGGUCGAUUGUCGUUAAGGAGUGGCUCUACCAUGCCACCAUGAAAGUUGCCAAAGAGCGCAAGUCCUCCGUCCUCGCCUCCAACGCGAUCCACCACCGCAUCGAUUCCCUGACCAGCAUUGUCGCAUUGUUUACAAUCGGUGGAAGUUAUGUCUUCCAAGACGCCACCUGGCUGGAUCCGGUUGGCGGGGUUUUAAUCUCCCUCAUGGUCAUCAAGGCUGGUUGGGGAAAACACGAGCUGGCUGACACCACCGUGGACGAGGAGGUGAAGGAAAAUGUCCACGAGGCGGCUCUCAAAGCUCUGGGGGAACUUGCGGUCGGAGAAGAGGUGCAGAUCCGUGAUGUCCAAGGUAUGAAGUCUGGACAGAAUUAUUUGAUGGAUGUUGAGGUCGCCGUGCCGGGAGCUUGGGCCCUUGAUCGAUCACGGCCCGUGGAGGAAGCUGUUCGCAAGGCGAUCGGCGAGAAAGUUCGUGGAGUUAAGCGCGUGAAGUUCCGCUUUAUUCCGAUUGAGAAUGAUGAACUUACAUUCCAAGAGGAAUUCAUUACUCAAGAUAUGGAGGCUAGUCCUGAGUCUCAAGAACAGAAUCAUGAUCAUGGUGAUAGCACCGAUCAUGAUCAUGGCAAGACCAAUGGCAGUGCCUCGGGUUCUCAUAGCCAUGACGAUGCAUCCCGAAAAAGGCGGUAG